AUAUUAUAUAAACCCAUUUUACGUUCUUCAUAUUCCCAAACCAUAUCCCUUUUCGUAAUCUGGUUCUUAAAGAGAGAUGGCGAAAAUGUGUUUUAUGAUGAUGUUGAUUCUGGUAUCUAUAGCCAUUAACAUGGUUGCUAGUGAUCCAAUUGCACCGUGUUACUUCAUAUUUGGCGACUCUUUGGUCGAUAAUGGCAACAAUAAUCAGCUUAACUCACUGGCUAGAGCUAAUUACUUUCCUUACGGUAUUGAUUUCUCUCUCGGUCCAACCGGUCGGUUUAGCAACGGCAAAACUACAGUGGAUGUUAUCACUGAGCUCUUGGGGUUCGACAACUACAUUACACCGUAUGCCGCCGCGAGAGGAGAAGACAUCCUCCGUGGAGUUAACUAUGCUUCUGCUGCUGCCGGAAUCCGAGAAGAAACUGGCAGACAAUUGGGAGGUAGAAUAGCAUUUGCAGGUCAAGUAGCAAAUCACGUGAACACUGUGUCGCAAGUAGUGAACAUACUCGGUGAUCAGAACCAAGCCUCGAGUUACCUCAGCAAAUGCAUUUACUCUAUUGGAUUAGGCAGUAACGAUUACCUCAACAACUACUUCAUGCCCACUUUUUACUCUACCGGUAACCAGUUCACGCCUGACUCCUUUGGUGACGAUCUCAUUGCUCGUUACACCGAACAACUCCGGAUAUUGUAUAACAAUGGAGGCAGGAAGUUUGCGUUAAUAGGAGUUGGAGCCAUCGGUUGCAGCCCAAACGAGCUAGCUCAGAACAGUAGAGAUGGAACAACAUGUGACGAGAGGAUCAACUCCGCUAACAGACUCUUCAACAGCAAGCUCAUAACUAUAGUCGACCACUUUAACCAGAACACACCAGACGCCAAGUUCACUUACAUCAACGCAUACGGCAUCUUCCAAGACAUUGUUACAAACCCUGCUCGCUACGGGUUUAGAGUGACAAAUGCAGGAUGUUGUGGAGUUGGGAGGAACAAUGGACAGAUAACUUGUCUUCCUGGUCAAGCUCCAUGUUUGAAUAGGAAUGAGUAUGUGUUUUGGGACGCGUUUCAUCCUGGUGAAGCUGCCAAUAAUAUUAUUGGAAGAAGAUCUUUUAGGCGGGAAGCUGCUUCUGAUGCUCAUCCUUAUGAUAUUCAGCAGCUAGCAACUCUCUAAGUAGAGAGUGGGAGAGGGAGAAAGAGAGAAACCUGUUGUUUUGCUUGUAUAAGUGUUUUGGUAGUUCUUCAGUGUUAACUCAGUUUGGACUCAUGAAGAAGAGGUGAUGUCUAAUUUCGUUUGUGUUGUGUUUGAUGUUAUAAGAGCACCAUUAACGCGGUUUGUUAAGCAUGGGUCUUUAGUGAAUUUAGGAUUAAAAAAAAAUAAAAAUUAAGCAUUAA